AUGAACGUGCAGUUGCCACGAGAGACGAUAGAUGGCAUCGCCUCUCGCUGUCUGCUGCAAGACGAGGCUAAGCGAAGCGAGCAAAGCCCGCGUCGUGGCCUCGCUUGGUCUGGCUGCAGCAACACGCGUAUUGUCCCACGACUCGUGGCAACUGCACAGAGUUCCCGACACCAUGGAUCGAAUGUCGUCCACCAGGAUGUCGCCUGUCGUGCACCGUCACUCGCCAAAUUGUCCUUCGAUGCUUCGUCGUGUGAAGAUGGGAUCCAGAAUGGCACCACUUCAAGACCAGGGUCGGCCUUAGCAGAACCACAGAUCGUUAUCGAGCCGCUAGCCCCCAAGCAUCUUGGCAUCUCACAUUUGGGAAGGUUCUCGCUGCAGAUAUUGCGAUCGACCAGAGAAUAUGCACUGGGCACAGCCACAUACAGCAGCGACAGCCGCAGGGCCGCUGCGGUCACGGUCUGCGAGAAUCUUGAUCCAGAAUGCCAGGUCGAGAAAUGUAUGGAGAGCUAG